UGUUUUGCUGUGGACUGUGCGCGCUCUGCUGUCGGUGCUGUAUGGCAGCGGAUCACUGCUGCAGAAUGGAGACAUGAGAAAACAGCGCUGUGCUUUUUUAAAUCACAUCGCAGCUGUCGAGAAACUUUAUUUAUUUUUUCCUCUUCCUACAAUUACCAAUUUUACCUCGUGUAGAUAUUUGAUCAUAAGUUAUGGAAGUAGCUCCAACAUUUCUGUUCCUGCUGUGCGGUCUGCGCGUUUCUCUGGCGGCUGAGUGGGAGUUUGAGGACACUAAUUUUACCUACCUCGGUGAUGCAAUCGAUUACAAGGAUCCCUGUAAAGCUGCUGCCUUUUGGGGAGAUAUUGCCCUCGAUGAAGAUGACCUCCGCAUGUUCAAAGAGGCCCCUGGACAGCACACUGUCCAGACUAACCACACAGACUCAGGUAUCAAAGCAGGAACAGUUCUGACUGCCUGUUCAAAUAAAAAGAUGAGGAACGCUGAUUUUCUUUUUUCUUUUUUUUUUUUUUUAACAGAUAACAGUUCCACCACCAAUGACAGCGUCAGGAGUAAGAGAGCUGUGGACAGACAGAGUCUCCAUCGUCGGAGGAGAGCGGCCACCUCCAGACCUGAGCGAGUGUGGCCAGAUGGCAUCAUCCCAUAUGUGAUCAGUGGGAAUUUUACUGGCAGUCAGAGAGCCAUUUUCCGUCAGGCGAUGCGUCACUGGGAGAAACACACUUGUGUGACAUUCAUAGAGAGAACGACUGAAGAAAGCUACAUUGUUUUCACCUACAGACCUUGUGGGUGUUGCUCUUACGUAGGGAGGAGAGGUGGCGGCCCUCAGGCCAUCUCCAUCGGAAAGAACUGUGACAAGUUUGGCAUUGUGGUGCAUGAACUCGGCCACGUCAUCGGCUUCUGGCAUGAACACACACGUCCGGACCGUGACGAGCAUGUAAGCAUCAUCAGAGACAACAUCCAAGCAGGACAGGAGUAUAACUUCCUGAAGAUGGAGCCAGGCGAGGUCGACUCACUUGGGGAGGUGUACGACUUUGGCAGCAUCAUGCAUUAUGCACGGAAUACAUUUUCCAGAGGAAUCUUCUUGGACACGAUCUUGCCCCGUUAUGAUGUUAAUGGAGUCAGGCCACCUAUUGGACAGAGGACCAGGCUUAGCAAAGGGGACAUAGCACAAGCCCGCAAACUCUACAAGUGUGCAAGGUGUGGGGAGAGCCUGCAGGAGAGCACUGGAAACUUCUCUUCUCCUGGUUUUCCGAACGGCUACUCAGCGUAUGCUCACUGCGUCUGGAGGAUUUCUGUCACUCCUGGAGAGAAGAUUGUUCUGAAUUUUACCGCCAUGGACCUCUUCAGGAGUCACUUGUGUUGGUACGACCACGUGGAGGUCCGUGACGGGUUCUGGAGAAAAGCUCCUCUGAAAGGCCGUUUUUGUGGAGACACACUUCCAGAUUCAAUCAUCUCAACCGACAGUCGGCUUUGGAUUGAGUUCAGAAGCAGCAGCAGCUGGGUGGGCAAAGGCUUUUCAGCAGUCUAUGAAGCCAUCUGUGGGGGAGAGGUGAAGCGGGACAGCGGCCAGAUCCAGUCCCCCAAUUAUCCUGAUGACUACCAGUCCAACAAAGUGUGUGUGUGGAGAAUUACAGUAGAGGAGGGAUUCGAUGUUGGCCUCUCCUUUCAGUCAUUUGAGAUUGAGAGACAUGACAGUUGUGCCUACGACUACGUUGAGGUGAGGGAUGGCAGUUCAGAGAGCAGCCCGCUGCUCGGCCGUUUCUGUGGCUACAACAAACCAGACGACAUCAAGAGCAGCUCCAACCAGCUCUGGCUGAAGUUUGUGUCUGACGGCUCGGUCAACAAAGCCGGGUUUGCAGCCAACUUUUUUAAAGAGAUGGACGAGUGCUCCAGGCCUGACAACGGUCACUGCGAGCAGCGCUGUCUGAACACACUGGGCAGCUACAGAUGUGCUUGUGACCCUGGAUAUGAGCUGGCAGCUGACAGACGCAGCUGUGAGACUGCCUGUGGCGGGUUCAUCACCAAACUGAAUGGCUCCCUCACCACCCCCGGGUGGCCCAAAGAAUACCCACCCAACAAGAACUGUGUGUGGCAGCUGGUGGCACCCAUUCAGUAUCGCAUCACUCUUGUGUUCGAUGUGUUUGAGACCGAAGGGAACGAUGUGUGUAAGUAUGAUUAUGUGGAGGUGCGCAGUGGGCUGAGUUCAGACUCAGAGCUUCAUGGGAAGUUCUGUGGAACGGAGAAACCCGAGGUCAUCACCUCCCUGCACAACAACAUGAGGAUCGAGUUCAAGUCUGAUAACACCGUCUCCAAGAGAGGCUUCAAGGCUCAUUUCUUCUCUGAUAUAGACGAGUGCUCAAAGGAAAACGGAGGCUGCCAGCAUGAAUGUGUGAACACCUUCGGGAGCUACAGCUGUCAGUGCCGCAGCGGCUUCAUGCUGCAUGAUAACAAGCACGACUGCAAGGAAGCGGGCUGUGAUCAUGCUGUAAACACUGUGUCAGGGACAAUGAGCAGCCCCAACUGGCCUGAUAGGUAUCCCAGCAAGAAGGCCUGCACCUGGUCUCUGACCACGACCCCAGGCCAUCGUAUCAAACUCGUUUUCAAUGAGAUCGACAUGGAGGCUCAUCUGGAGUGCGCUUAUGACCAUCUGGAGAUCUACGACGGGCGAGACACGCGUGCCCCCAGUCUCGGACGCUUCUGUGGCACCAAAAAGCCUUCUCCAGUCAUCUCCAGUGGCAACAAAAUGUUCCUGCGUUUUUUCUCAGACAACUCAGUGCAGAAGAGAGGCUUUGAGGCUUCAUACAGAGCAGAAUGUGGAGGAAGUCUGAAAGCCGAGGUCAAGACAAAAGAUCUCUACUCUCAUGCCCAGUUUGGAGAUAACAACUACCCCAGUGGCUCCGACUGUCUGUGGGUGGUCUCUGCUGAGAAGGGUUAUGGAGUGGAGAUCAUCUUCCAAGUGUUUGAGAUCGAGGAGGAAGCAGACUGCGGGUAUGAUUACGUGGAGCUGUAUGACGGUGCUGACAUCAAGUCUCCGAGGCUGGGACGAUACUGUGGAUCUGGGGUUCCAGAGGAAGUCUACUCAGCUGGGGACGCCAUCCUUUUAAAGUUUCACUCAGACGACAGCAUCAAUAAAAAAGGCUUUCAUGUACGCUACACAAGCACAAAGUUCCAGGACACGUUACACGCAAGCAAGUGACUCUCUGAAACUACCCCCAAACCUAAAUGGAGACUUCACCCCUAACAUUUGGUCGGACACACCCAUCUCCAGGCGAGGAGUGGAUGCAUGGAUUCACACCACAAACACCAACCCGCAUACUUUACAUUCACAUCUGUUAGACAGAGUGAAGCCAUGCAGACAAAAUUGCACCUUUGCUCCUCCUCAUUAUAUAGCUAUAUAGGAUGAAAGGCGAGGACUAGUUUGCAGUGAUAAUUUCGAGUAAACAAGUAAAAUGAGCUGAUCACGUCAUAGCACUUUGUUGAGAUAUAAAAUGUAUAUAUUGUGAUAUAGUUUUCUUGUUUUUUAAUCAAAAUAUCGACUGUGUCACUUUUUUACUGUCUGGGGUUGAAAGUUCACUUCUAAUGAAUGUAAUGCACUUUGUUGUAUUAUAUCACUGGACAAAUGCACAUUAUAAUAAUAAUAAUGAGGAUGGAGGAUGAAGAACAUCUAAGCUUAGUUUUAUUUUCCUUAAAUCAGACUUGGUCUGUUAUUUAAGUUUUCUGACCUGCCUUUGAUUUACUUUAGUGAUGUUUAUGAGUUUCAUUCCCUCACAGUAUAUUUUGAGUGGGGUUUCUGUGCUGUAUAUUCUCUUGCAACACUCAGCAGUACAGCAUGAUAACAGAUAAAAUUAUUUUCACUUUA